UCCUUCUCUUUGUCUUGUCUUCAUACAAUCCCCAUCCUUGACCUACUAACACCUUCCAACAAACUGUUGCUUCCUUCACUAUCAUCCAUCAACGUCAAACCCGAGCCAACGGGCCGCACGUCAUAUUAGCCGCGUCAAACCGACCGUUACAUACGGACUUUGCGGCAUUCAUAAUACACGGGGGUCCCAAGUUCCACGAUUCCAGCACGAGGUCAUUGGAACUUUCGCUUUGUUACCACGCGAGUGGCACGUUGUUCAUUGUCCAUCUUGCCACCAACUUCGCCAUCCCUGAACCGGCCUCUUCCGUAGCACAUAACCACCCUCGCCAUGGCUUUCCGCGAGCGUAUCAAGAAGGCACUACGAAAGGCCUCACCAAACUCUUCACUCCGAACAUCAUCAACAAAGGACUCGAGCAAAGACCGAGAUCGAUGGCCCUCGAAUGUCUAUAAACCUGGCGAGCCGAUGCCCCGAGCCAAGUACCGAGCGCCAGUCAAGAAAGAGCACAAGGAGAAACUCGAAUCCUUCAGCUUUUCUGCUGCUUGGAGAAGAAGAAGUUUCAUGAGCGAAUACAGCCCAAUGGGAACAAGAAUGCCCAGUCGACGAGCCAGUCUGAUCAGCAGAAAGAGUUUCGGAGGAAGAAGCAGUUUGAGUCGCAGAAACAGCAUGAGCAUGAGCAGGAGAAAUAGCGUCUCAGGGGCAGGAGCAAAGAGUGGACGUGAAAGCCUUGAGGUCCCACGAGAAAGACAUGCCGCAUUGGCGCCUGCUCUGUCUACAGAGAUAGAAGCAGAGGGUGAUGAUGAUGUCGCCAAUGUCGGUCUUUCACGAGUUCAGUCAAGGGAAGACAAACCGCAUCGACCUGUCUAUUCACGUCGUCAAACCGCUGAAUAUCGAUCGAGAGCUCCAACCAAAGCUUCACCACUUGGUAUGACGACCACAGCGGCUCCUGCUACAACAUCAGCACAAACGCCUGCGCGAGCAGUCGAUAGCGCAAAGUUUGCUCACGACCACACACCAUUCACCGAAGAAGAACUGGCAAGAGCGCUACAACGAAGCCAUCUCGAAAUCUCGGCGCAUUGAGGACGAUAUGAAAUUGAAUAAUGAGGCGUUUAUUGGAAAUGGUGCUUUCUGGCAAGGGUAUACACACACAACAUAUGGGUUGCUCAUUCGUUUGAGCCUGGUUUGGGGGACUUCUGGCGUUCAUUUGGAAACGAACAAUUUGACUUCGAUGCGUAUCAUCGCAACAUGGGGGACGUCACUUCAGAGCUAAGGAUAGCAUUGUUACAGAGGCUAUUCAAUUUGUUCUUGUAGAUACCUUAUGCCAAUCUUUCUUCCAGAC